AUGAGUGUUGCUUUUAUUGAUGGUCCGAUGUUGACAAAAUUUGUCAAUGAUUCAGCAGCUUUUGAAAAAUGCAUAAAGGAACGAUUUGACAUGUUAGAUGUAAACAAAGAUGGUGUUCUAUCACGUGAUGAACUUCAUAACGACAUCAAUGAUGUAUCUUCAGUGGAAUCCGCGUUGCAAUCCAAAGAAGAGGUUACUAAUCUAUAUGAUGUAUUAUUUGAGAAAUUUGAUACCGAAAAGAAAGGCACACUUGAUAUUAAGCAAUUUAAUUCGUUAAUGAAGGAAGUCAUGAUAGCCAAGGCUCAUGGUUUUGGUAAUACUCCGAUGGGAAAAAGGUCAGAACUGGAGUACUUUAGGAUAAGGUUGACCCAUCUCCGGCUAAGAAGGCGUGCCGGAGGAAGGAUCGCCAUUCUGCGGUGUACACGGACUGUAGAGCGACACCUGAAGAAGAAGAAGAAGAAGAUAUUGUUGACUUGUUCAUUUUCAAAUACUAGUAUUAGGUUACGUGUCGUAUUGAGUUGUUAUCUUCGACUAAAGUCAUGGGAUUAA